AGCACAGGAUCAACAACAAAAUGCUAGAACUACCCUAGCGCGGUCAGAGUGUCCCGUUUUGGAAUAAUGAGCGUAACUCUCUGUCUUUUCUUCUUCGUUCAUUUGAUUAACUUAGUCGACCUGACCAAAUCUGAACGCGUCCCGUUUGAAGAUCAACUUCUUGAAGAAGCAAGCAAUUCAGGACGCAGGACCGGCAGACUUUACUGUAGGGUUGGCAUUGGUUUUCAUCUUCAGAUUCACCCGGAUGGCAGAGUGAACGGCAGUCACGCACCCGAUCAGUUGAGUGUUCUGGAGCUCUUUGCAGUUUCCCAGGGGAUUGUGGGAAUUCGAGGAGUUUUUAGCAACAGAUUUCUUGCCAUGAACAAAAGAGGGAGGUUACAUGCCAUUGAGAAGUUCACAGACGACUGCAAGUUCAGGGAGAGGUUUCAGGAGAACAGCUACAACACGUACGCCUCGGUGACCCACAGGAACCACCGGACGGGGCGCGAGUGGUUCGUGGCCCUCAACAAGAGGGGCAAGGCCAAGAUGGGCUCCAGCCCGCGCGUCAAGUCUCAGCACGUCUCCACUCACUUCCUGCCCCGGUUCGGCUCGCAGGACAGGGCCGAGAGGGGCUUCACCAUCACGGAGAAGAGCAAGGAGAAGAAAAAGGACACCCCGCCGCCACCGCCAAAAGCCGACAUCAACGUCAGGCAGAAGAGCACCCAAACCGUCAAAUACUGGCCCAAGUUUAGGUUCGGAUAGAAGGACCACUGGAGGCCAGAGCAAGGAGAGAGUGGACUUGCAGGAUCUGUUGUUACCCUUUUGAAGGGUCUUCUCUUUUAGCACAAAGUACAACAUGUUCUUCCAGUAUUUAAGCAUUCCAAUCAGCAAUUAAACAUGCUAAGAAAAGGGCUGCAAACAUAUCACAUUGAAAGUGCUGUUAGUAUAAAACAAAACUGAGGGACAUUUUUCAGGUGACUGCACCAAGCAUUUGAAAAAAAAAAUCUCUGUAACAGGCCACUGGCUUUUUUCUGUGCUUGUCAGUGUUGACAAACACGUAACCGCUAUAUUAAUUUUUUAGAUAUUUAUUGACUUAUCCAGAGUUUAAAUGAAUUUUUUGAGUGAGUUUGAGUAACUUAGCUUCUGACAAUGUUCCACCUUACCUCCAAAACAUAAACUGAUGCACUUUUCUUUUGCUUUUAACCUAAAGCCAAAUUUAUCCAAGCAAAAUGCCUAUUGUCCUUGCAAUGCUGUUUUAACAAAUAUGAGAGGAAACCACCCUUUAAUCUCAUCAGCUGACCUUAUUUUCCAUAUCAUGUGUCUGUUUGAGUUGCUGACAGACAAUCCACAUUGUUUUUUAUGCUGUAUUUUAAACAGUCCAGUAAGCAGUUUCCCUGUUAUUAGUUUGCCACAAUAUUCGGGACUCAUUCAUCACUUUUUUUAUGGGGGAAAAGUCCAGCGAUCAUCAAAGGUAUUGUGCAUUUGAACUGGGGAA